CUUGGCGGCCGCUGAUUGCUGACAGUUUACAUCUGGUCGGUUCUUGCGGCGGUGCAUCGCCCUGCAGUUCUACGCAGCUGAUUGCUUGGAGGCAUUUUUUCCAGGACCCACGGCUGUCUUUGGAUCCGCGGAAAAAAAUAUCCACUGUUUGAGGAUGACGUCUACGCCUCCUAACUCGAUCUGUGAGGAGAACUUGACCGCUGUGCCAACGCUUUCUGGGCGGAUUCGAGCUUGAAUUCGAACUUGAGAAUUGUGUACCCAAUCGAUGCUCAGUGUGGUCGCGUUAUAAGCGACGAAGGACAUUAGUGAGCUCAAGGCGGGUCGGAACCCACAACGUACGUGUACGAUGGCGAGUGGAACCCAAACUUACCUCAUCACGAAAGACGAUAUUAUCAACGACGAUUCUUGGGUUGAACUCUACUAUGCGGCGUCGCAUCCCUCAACCCCCCCGAUCAUUCCACCUUAUCAGAUCGAGCAGCUAUUGCUAGAAGCUCAAAGAGAAUCGAAUCAAAGUUCGCUGAAAAAUUCCGGAUAUUGCUCACCGCGUACACCGAAAAGCCUCGCAAGCAAUCUGUCCAUGCAUGACGAUGCUCUGCCGCACAAAGACGCCGACCCGAACGAUUGGCUCUGGGACUGGAGUGGGAGACCCGACUCCGUAUCAGCCCGUGACCUGAAAUACGGUGCCAUCGGAAAAACAAACCUGUCCUUGAGACACUCUCGCAUGAUACGCAAAGGAGUUCUCUCGGAAAUGGUUCCCCUUUUCGUGAUGUCGAACAUCAUUUCCAUCAUAAUCGGGGCCGGAAUCGGGCUAUUCUUCGGGAAGCGGUGGAGCAACCGUGGCAUGUCAUUCAUAGGUCUCGAUUGAGAACACACAAGCGCGCCGGGCAUCGGAAGCCCUCCCGAUCGUUCACGGGAGUGUGGAACCUUGCCCCGCACCAAAGACGUCGUGAUGAUGAACAUAGAAUAGGGGAUCUUCUCUGGAUAGGUCAACUGGAUAGUCUUUCUACAUUUCUCGUUUCAUCUGAUUCCCUCGAUGAUGAAAUGAGCCUCACUCCCCAUGGAGUUCCGAUAAUUCUGGCAUUCGAGCAAGAGCCGAGUUUCGACACCAGCGAGUUUCCCAAGCAGAUGGAAGCUCUGAUUGUGCAACUUUGUUACUGUCCAGUCGGUGUCCAACAUGUAUUUAAUUUCGUCUGCCGAGCGCAGAUAUCACCGCUGUGUGGUUCAGUUCCGAGUUUAGAGAUUCAGAAGUCCGUCUCGGAUGCCCAAGGAUCCCCUGGAUUAUACAGCGUCAUUUUCAGCCGUGGAGUCUCUCAGAGUUAUGAUGAGAAGUUCAACCGGAGCUUCGUAUCCAUUCUAUUCUCGCAUAUCUACACCUACACCCCGAAAGUAACUCGUCUCGAUGAAGAGAUUGACGGGAAACGUUCCAGAAGAGACCGUUGCGAGCAAGCUUCUGUCGCUCAUGAACAACGGCAGAUUUUUCCCGAUAUUGAAAUCCGCGAACAUCGUGCGAGGUUCGCAUGGUGUACAUACUCUUCUUCGUCUGGUAAUGGUAAUUGAUCUAGAAAAGACAUUAGUGAAAUUCGUGGUUUUGAAGCGACAACUCGCUGAUCAGUCGAGUUGAAUCGAAUGGUAUCGCUCGAUGGGGCGAUACCAUGGGUUGACUUGCAGUGCCAUCACCGAAACUGGGAGACAACUCCAGGAGCUACAUCGGAACGAAAUCGCUCCGAUGAAAAAAUUCACAGUGCGAAAUCGAUCAAAAUGGAAGGAAAAUCGAGUCUAUCAAUUUUUCGGCUUCAGCUCGACGUGCGGCACGCGCAUAUCAAGUACUCGAGAUGUACAUUAAUCUGUGGGAUAGACGAGCGAGAAAAGCUCAGCAUUCGUGCAUAAACAAGGAAUCUGGGUCUCAAUGACCCGGAUUGCGGAGCGAAAAGAGAAAAAAAUCGAAGAUUUUGUGCACGAGAACAGCAUUCAUUCGAAUGAUCGCUUGCUUCCUCUCAUCGUAUAAAUACUGGAUAUCCAUAUUCUACAUCUACUACUGUGCGACUAUAAGUGCAACGUUUAAUACCCAAUAAAAACAAUUUGUACUAUUUCACGGAA